UUGGUAGCUAAGAAAGAAAGAAAGAAAAAGAAAGAUUUGAAGAUGUCGAUGUCUGUCGUGUGAUAAAGAUACUGAUAAAGGCAAAGUUUAAUGUGUCACUGAUCAAAGUCUAGGUUUUAGCUAGGCCUAAAACAAUUUUUGAGUGAUGUAUAUUGUAUGAUGGUGUAAUAUGCGUUAAAUUACAACUUAUAUCAACAACAACAGUAUGUCGUGGCGUAAAAUAUGACAAAUAAUCUUCUGCUGAGAUUGUUCACUGAGUUGUUUUGUCAACAACACUAGGGAUAUUAUACAUAAUUUGUGGUGUUUGCUUAUUAGUAAUAGCAAUUUCAAGACAAAAAAUCCAAGAAUAUACAUUUUGAAAAUGACUGCACUUGGGGAGGAACAUCCUAGAAAUCUAAUACCAUCCUUGUGUAAACAAUUUUAUGAUCUUGGAUGGGUUACUGGUACAGGUGGUGGAAUAAGUAUAAAAAAGGGGACAGAAAUUUACAUAGCUCCAUCUGGUGUACAGAAGGAAAGGAUAUUACCUGAACAUUUGUUUGUUCAAGAUAUUGAAGGCAAUGAUAUAGAAGCACCACCUACAAAUCUAAAAAAGAGCCAGUGCACCCCAUUGUUCAUGUGUGCAUACAAGACUCGCAAUGCUGGUGCUGUAAUCCAUACGCAUUCCAAGGCUGCAGUUAUGGCAACAUUGUUAUAUCCUGGAAAAGAAUUUAAAUGCACUCACUUGGAAAUGAUUAAGGGCAUAAAGAAUUCUAAAUUAGGUCGAAACUACAUGUACAACGAACAACUGGUUGUACCAAUAAUUGAGAACACUCCAUGGGAGGAGGAUUUGAAGGAUCGGAUGGCACAAGUCAUGGAAGAAUACCCUGAGACAUCAGCUGUGCUGGUCCGCAGACAUGGUGUCUAUGUAUGGGGUGAUACUUGGGAAAAAGCAAAAACUAUGUGUGAAUGUUACGACUACCUCUUUGACAUUGCUGUACAGAUGAAGACUGCCGGUCUUGACCCAACUGUCCCACCUGCGACUGAUGAGUCUUAGUAAUAUUAUAUCACCACUGAAUUUAUAUUUUUAUCAUUAAAAAGAGCUGGAACAUUA